CUCGUGGCACCACGUGCCGCCGGCCUAUAUUUAGCCGGGUGUUGCGCAUGCGCGUGACGGACGAGGCGCUUCUGCGCGGGCGCAGCAAGGCGCCUCUUGACCAGCUGCAGGUGCUGCACAUCGAGCACUGCAGCGUCCAAGGUCUCGCCAACCUCCAGCACUGCGGCUGCCUCCACUCGCUCUACGCAAACCACAACAAGCUUGUGGACAUAAGCAACCUCGAAGGCCUCCCGCAGCUCUGGCUCGUCGAUUUGAGCGCCAACAAGCGGCUCCACGACCUGAGCCCGCUCUCGAGCUGUCUCGCGCUGGGGUAUCUGAAUUUGAGCGACGGCAGCUUGAGUUUCAAGGACCUCGUGCCGCUCCAUGACGUUCACAUUGUCGAGCUGCACUUGCACGGGAACGCCAGUCUCAUUGGCGACGACGACGAGGCGACGUACCGCAUGAUCGUCGCCGCCCUCUUGCCCAACGUUAUGUCUCUCGACGGCCAUUACAUCACGGCGGCCGAGCGCCUUCGCUCGAUGGAGCGCUACGACAGGUACGUGCACGUCCUCAUGAAUGGCGAUGUCGAUGGCUACGGCACAACGUCGGCGCUCUGGACGCCGCCCGCUGUGCGCGCGCGCGCCGACAGCCGCGCCACGCGCUUCAUGGCGGCGAUUGCCAACGAGCCGUCGAGUCUGUCGCUGCGCGAGCCAUUUCGCCUCGUCAGCUUGUUACACCACUACGAUGCGAUCGCUGUGCUGCACAACGACGGGCUCAGCGUGGCACCUACGCACACCAAGCACACCGAGUGGCCACGAGUACCAUUGCCAGCGCUGCUCCAGCUGCCACCUCGUGCGACGCUGCACCUUCUGCUGCUCCUCCUUUUGCCGCACGAGUUUUCCACCGUGCCACUGCAAAUGGUUUCGGAUGCGCUGACGAUCAACCUCCUCGGUCAGGUCGAGAGCAAUGUGCUCCGUGCACUGCUUCGCGUCCCGCCAUACGUGCGCGUCGCACUCGCCUUUCACCUCCACAAGCUACAGGCCGCCCAGAUACCGCGACUGCCCGACGACGAGCGGCGUCUCUGGGCGACCGUGCCGAUGGUGUACACGACGUUCUUGCCGCCAAAGAGCAAACCGAUAUCAGAUCCAGCAUUCCAGCGCCGGUGCUGCUACGUCGUGAUUUUGCUGUCACGGUCGCCGUCGUUUCCGGCGCUGUCUGCCGCCACGUCCGCGGCGUCACCCGAGUACGAGGCGCUCAAACCGCUUCUCGAGGCCGCGCACAUGUCCCUCGAGGAUUUGUAUCCGUCGUCGCAGUCGCUCGGGCACGCCAUGUGGAUGGGUGCGUCAUCGACUGAUCCAAGCGCUCACGUCACAGGCAACGCCGACGAGCUUCCCUGGAACAAGAAGGACGUGCCGCGCAAGUACGACCGCCCGUGGGAAAUGCAGCACAGUGCGAGCGCGCCAGCGCUAUCGCCCGCCACCGCACCCGAUGGAAUCGGCAGUCCUGUCCGCGUGCCCGUCAAGAUUGGCGAGUGGGUCGAAGUCCGGCGCCGGCAGUACGUGCCGAUUCUAAGUGUCUCGAACGACACCAAGUACGUUGUCCUGGCGUCGUUCAAAGGCCAAGACGAGGCCCCGUUUAACGGCAACACGACGUUGCCGGUCGCGCAGCUCCUGAAGGCAUCGCACAAGGUCUGGAAAAUUCUCGAGCUCACGACCACGUCCCAGACAAAGCUCGACAAGUCAGUGUGCGGACCUCUGCAUCGGGUGUCAAGAUCCCACCACAAAAGCGGGCUUCCGCGCGGCGCUGGUGUGCCCAACUUUGACGUGUCGGACGCUGACGCUGCCGCGGUACUCGAGCGCAUCGGCGACCGCGACGCCGUCGGGCUUGUGUCGACCGUCGACGGUUUUGCGCUCAAUACGACGUGGGAUGCCAACUACGUGCUGGCGCCCGCCCACGUCAUUGAUGUGCAAAACUACUGCAUGGCCAAAGUCGACGGCAGCAGCGCGUGGUCGUCGAUUGAAGUCCCGUCCUUUAUCGACGCUGCUCAACUCGGCAACCAGCACAUUGUGCAGCAGACACGUAUGUUGGGUCCCAUGCGCCAGCUGCCCGGACUACCUGCACGCGCUCCAUCGACCCUGAGCAGCAACAACAACAGUCCCGAGCAAGAAGAGACGACCUUGGAAGACGCUGCGGCCUGUAGUACGUCGUCCAAGCCGCUCGAUGCAAUGCUUGCGCUGCAAAAAGACAUGGCCGCGCUUCUGGGUCGCACUGUGGCCAGCGACGCAGGAGACUCGGUCUUUCUCACGUCGCUGCAGGAAAUGCCGAGCGCGCCAACGAGCAACGUAUCCUCACCCGCCAAGAAAUCAAGCGCGUUGGGCAUUUGUCUCUCUCCAUUUCGCACAAGUGAGACAUUGGAAGUGGCGGGAGCCGACGAGGCGCAGCCGCUGCGUCGCAAGGCUGGCCACCGCGUCUGGCAUGCUGUGACGGCCAAGCCGCAGCUCAUCGUCGGCUCCGUCCUCGCGUCUCGUCCGCCGUCGCAGAAGCGGCUACGCGCGCCGCUCGCUGCGCUCCCGAGCUUGAGCGUCCAAGGCGCUACUUCACGCCUUGCGCCCAGCGCCAGUGUCCCGUAUUUCUAAUAUCUUUGGCGU